AUGGCUGACCGUGGAGCAGAGGAGCCGUCCUCCAGGUCGGAGAGUCCGGACGGGGAAGGGCAGGUUUCUGAGGACCGAUCCAUAUUCCAGCAGAGGCAGGCCAUCGGGGAGCUUGUGGACACCGAGGCCUCCUACCUGCACAUCCUCCAGCUCUGCGCCUCCGACAUCAGGAGCCGCCUCCAGCAGCUGCCGCAGGGAGACCUGGAUGUCCUGUUCUCCAACAUCGACGACAUCAUCAAGGUGAGCAGCAGGUUUCUCCAUGGUCUGCAGGAGACAGCCUCCGCGGAAGGGGAUCGAGUGCACCUGAUUGGUGAUUUAUUCCUGGAAUUCCAGGAGGAGUUGGAGCGCGUCUACAAGGUCUACUGUGCAGGCUACGACCAGGCCUUGCUGCUGGUGGAGGCGUACCGAAGGGACCCACAGCUGCAGCGGCAGAUUCAGGGCGUCCUUGGGGCAGCCGUGCCGCAAGCCGGACCUUCAGGCCUCAGUUUCCUGCUGGUGAUGCCCUUGCAGAGGGUCACCAAGUACCCACUCCUGCUGCAGAAGAUGCUGGAGAACACAAGCCCCAAUGCCAGCGCCUAUCCUGUCCUCCAGAGAGCCGUCUCUGCCAUGCAGGACGUGAAUGCCAACAUCAAUGAGCACAAGAUGCGCAAGGAAGUAGCCUCCAAGUACACCAAGGUGGAGCAACUGACCCUUCGGGAGCGGUUGGCCCGCAUCAACACACACACCCUCUCCAAGAAGACCACCCGUCUGAGCCAGCUGCUGAAGCAGGAGGCGGGGCUGGUGCCCAGGACCAAAGACAAGGAAUUCGAUGACUUAGAGGAGAGGUUCCAAUGGGUGUCCCUGUGUGUGACUGAGUUAAAGAACAACGUGGCCACUUACCUGGAUAAUCUGGAGACCUUCCUCCGCGUCAGGCCGCACGAGCACAGCCUGGACAUCCCAGUGGGGCCCACGGCACAGUACUGUUCCCUGGCCAGAGACCUGCAGCGUGAGGCCUUCCUGACGUUUAAGCAGCGGCUGGAGGGCCUGGUGUGGCGGCCGCUGUGCAGCCUGGCCCGAGCCCUGGUCGGCCCCCAGAACCUGAUCAAGAAGCGUCUGGACAAGCUCCUGGACUUCGAGCGGGUGGAGGAGAAGCUGCUAGAGGCGGGCAGCGUGAGCUACGAGGAGGAGGCCACACGGCACACAUACCAGGCGCUCAAUGCCCUGCUGGUGGCCGAGCUCCCGCAGUUUAACCAGCUGACCCUGCAGUGGCUGCGCCAGGUCCUGUGCACGUUUGUGACCCUCCAGAAGGACCUUUCGGAGCAGGCGCUGUGGAGGGCAGAGGGCAGCGCGGCCCAGCUGCCCCACCACCACAUCUUGGAGCCAGCCUUCAGGAAGCUGGUGGAGGACACACUGGGCCAGACCAGUAACCAGCUCCGCUGCUUUCAGGAGACCUUUGAGAAGGUGCUGCCACCUCCCAUAACACAACCGCUCCUUCCGGGGUCUGAACGCCAGGUGCAGGCUCUCCUGAGCAGAUAUGGCCCAGGGAAGCUGUUCCAGGUGACAAGCAACAUCAGCGGGGCUGGGACUCUGGACCUAACUUUGCAGCGGGGCCAGGUUGUGGCCCUCCUUCAAAACAAGGACACCAAAGGCAACAGCGGCCGCUGGCUGGUGGACACUGGGGGACAUCGAGGGUAUGUGCCCGCCGGGAAACUGCAGCCGUACCACGUGAUCUCCACUGAGGAGGAGCCCAGGGGACCAGCUGGGCCACAGGAAAACCCCCGACAUCCAACCCCACAGCCUGCCCCAGCCCCAGCACGCUCCAUCCCCACUGUGGCCCAGGUGGUGGCGGCAUACCCCUUUGUGGCCAGAAGCAGCCAUGAAGUGAGUCUGCAGGCCGGCCAGCCGGUGACCAUCCUGGAGCCCCAGGACAAGAAGGGCAACCCCGAGUGGAGCCUGGUGGAGGUGGACGGACAGAGGGGCUAUGUGCCUUCCGGCUUCCUGGCCCAGGCUCCGAGCCCGGCGCCAUGGGGCUGGAGUCUGCCCUCUUAG